CGCGUCCGGGCCCUGAAGCAGCAGAAGGCCAAAGCCGAGAAGAUAGAGGAGGAGGUGGCAAAACUCCUGAAACUGAAGGCACAGCUGGGCCCUGAUGAAGGGAAACAGAAGUUUGUGCUCAAAACCCCCAAGGUAAAUUUCAUCCCUCUUACCGCCUCCAGUCCCAUCCUCCAGGACGCAUGUGCCUGUUUCUUCGAACCAACUCACUGAGGAGAAUCUGAAAUACUGCCAAGGAAACACAGUUGCUCUGGGCACUGGGCUGGACUGGACUCCACCUGGGUCGUUCUGGGAUGACACUAAGUGAUGGCAGAAACUAGGCCAGCUGGGUGCUCGGGGGAAUCUGCCUGCUGCUGCUACUUCUUUCUUUCAGCAGAUAUUUACUGAAGGCUUACUAUGUGCGUAACAUGAUACGAAGCAGUGAAUAUACCGUGGGAACAAUAUAGCCUGCCCUCAGUGGAGCUUACAUUCUACCGAAGAAGACAGAUUAGAACAAGUAAUCCCACGUAUGGAUACAUAAUUACAAAUUGUGAUAAGGGCACAAGAGACUACAGUCCCCGGCAGAUGGCAGUUCGGGAGAAGGUGUUUGAUGUGAUAAUCAACUGCUUCAAGCGCCAUGGUGCAGAAGUAAUUGAUACACCUGUAUUUGAACUAAAGGAAACACUGACUGGAAAGUAUGGGGAAGACUCUAAGCUUAUCUAUGACCUGAAGGACCAGGGUGGAGAGCUGCUGUCCCUUCGCUAUGACCUCACUGUUCCUUUUGCUCGAUAUUUGGCAAUGAAUAAACUGACCAACAUUAAACGCUACCACAUAGCAAAGGUGUAUCGGCGGGAUAACCCAGCCAUGACUCGCGGCCGAUAUCGGGAAUUCUACCAGUGUGAUUUUGACAUUGCUGGACAAUUUGACUCCAUGAUCCCUGAUGCAGAGUGCUUGAAGAUCAUGUGCGAGAUCCUGAGUUCACUUCAGCUAGGCAACUUCCUGGUCAAGGUGAAUGACCGGCGCAUCUUAGAUGGGAUGUUUGCCAUCUGUGGUGUUCCUGAUAGCAAGUUCCGUACCAUCUGCUCCUCGGUGGACAAGCUGGACAAGGUGUCCUGGGAGGAAGUGAAGAAUGAGAUGGUGGGAGAGAAGGGCCUAGCACCUGAGGUGGCUGACCGCAUUGGGGACUAUGUCCAGCAGCAUGGUGGAGUAUCCCUGGUGGAACAGCUGCUCCAUGAUCCUAAACUGUCCCAGAACAAGCAGGCCUUGGAGGGCCUGGGAGACCUGAAAUUGCUGUUUCAGUACCUGACCCUGUUUGGCAUUGCUGACAAGAUCUCCUUCGACCUGAGCCUUGCUCGAGGACUAGACUACUAUACUGGAGUGAUCUAUGAGGCAGUGCUGCUACAGACCCCAGUGCGGGCAGGGGAAGAACCCCUGGGCAUGGGCAGUGUGGCUGCUGGUGGACGCUAUGAUGGGCUGGUUGGCAUGUUUGACCCCAAAGGGCGCAAGGUGCCAUGCGUGGGGCUCAGCAUUGGGGUGGAGCGGAUCUUCUCCAUCGUGGAGCAGAGGCUGGAGGCUUUGGAGGAGAAGGUACGGACCACAGAGACACAGGUGCUUGUGGCAUCUGCACAGAAGAAGCUGCUGGAAGAGAGACUGAAGCUCGUCUCAGAGCUAUGGGAUGCUGGGAUCAAGGCCGAGCUGCUCUACAAGAAGAACCCAAAAUUACUGAACCAGUUGCAGUACUGUGAGGAGGCAGGCAUCCCACUGGUGGCCAUCAUCGGAGAACAGGAACUCAAGGACGGGGUCAUCAAGCUCCGCUCAGUGGCUAGCAGGGAAGAGGUCGACGUCAGAAGAGAAGACCUUGUGGAGGAAAUCAAAAAGAGAACAAGCCAGCCCCUCUGCAUCUGCUGAACUGAGAAAACUCAGAGCAAAGUGGGACUGGCACUAUUUGCGACUAAGAUAAAACUCUGCAUAUGUAGUUAAACAGCUUUGCAUAUUUCUGUUCCAGCAGGAAGACCUGAAGAAUAGUCAGAGCAGAGACUUUUUAUUAUAACAAUUAUUUUACUGGUAAUCACUGGCAAAAAUGGCCAGGUGCUACACCGUUUUCCAUGAGGGCCCUGGGGGCCGAAUGCAUCCUAUGCACCUCUGCUAUAGGGCCCCGCACCACAUGGAGGCGAUGCCUCCCCACAACCAAUGUCCAACCGUCUAAUAAAAUGCCGAAACCACUGAAGC